GCUAGUUCCUUUGCCCUUAGUAGACAUGGCGCUGGCCAGCGUGUUGGAGGCUCCGCUACCUGUGAACCAGCGCGGGUUUUUCGGACUCGGAGGUCGUACGGAUCUGCUGGAUCUGGGUCCAGGGAGUCCCAGAGAUGGGCUGAGCCUGACCGCGCCCGGCUGGGGCGUCCCGGAGGAGCCGGGAAUCGAAAUGGUCCAUGGAACCACCACGCUGGCCUUCAAGUUCCGCCAUGGCGUCAUCGUCGCGGCUGACUCCCGGGCCACAGCAGGGGCCUAUAUCGCCUCCCAGACAGUCAAGAAGGUGAUUGAGAUCAACCCGUACCUGCUGGGCACCAUGGCCGGCGGCGCGGCAGACUGCAGCUUCUGGGAGCGGCUGCUGGCUCGGCAGUGUCGCAUCUACGAGCUUCGGAAUAAGGAGCGCAUCUCGGUGGCGGCUGCCUCCAAGCUGCUGGCCAACAUGGUGUACCAGUACAAGGGCAUGGGGCUCUCCAUGGGCACCAUGAUCUGCGGCUGGGAUAAGAGGGGUCCGGGCCUCUACUAUGUGGACAGCGAAGGGAACCGCAUCUCGGGAGCCACCUUCUCCGUGGGCUCUGGCUCUGUGUACGCCUACGGUGUCAUGGAUCGGGGCUAUUCUUACAACCUAGAAGUGGAGGAGGCCUACGACCUAGCCCGCCGGGCCAUCUACCAAGCUACCUACCGAGAUGCCUACUCAGGGGGCGCUGUCAACCUCUACCACGUGCGGGAGGACGGCUGGAUCCGGGUGUCCAGCGACAAUGUUGCUGACCUGCACGACAAGUACAGUGGUUCCACCCCCUGAACGAGGGGUGCAAUUGGCUACUUGCUCUUCUUGGGGUGACUCUCACUGAUAAUAUGGAUAUAGCACCCUUUCCUAUAGUGAAAGGGCCCACAGUUGUUUCAUUGCUUUGUGAAAGUUCCGGAACAUUGACCUCUGUAUGUUACUAAUUGUUAAUAAGCUGCUGCAGAGUGUGACUGUUUGUUUUCCUUUCUUGGAUGUCAGCAUUACACUACCCACCUACUGGA